GAUGGACAUGCUGUGCAGGGAGACGGCGGUGAGUUCGCCUCGCCUCGCCGGUAGCUAUCGCGACUGACAGUCUCUCAGAGGUCUGCGGCACGGCAAUUGAAACGCCAAUGAAAGUUUCUGUCCGCCUGACAGUGCGCAAAGACCGCCCGUACACCAAGACACCGCAUUUCAGCACCGCGAAGACGGGCACCACAGAGGAGAAGCGUUCUACUGCACCACGGGCGUCGACUCGGAUAUGCUCUCGGCGACGCGGGCGGCCGUGCGCAGCAUGAUCGAGUUUCUCGCGGCGGAGCACGGCCUGAGCAGGGUCGAAGCGUACAUGCUCUGCAGCGUUGCGGGCGAUCUGCGCCUCCACGAAGUCGUUGACAUGCCGAAUUUCGUGGUGGGGAUGAUGAUCCCAAAGUCAAUCCUGCGAAGCUGAUCGCUCCUUUCUCCGCGCGAGAGCCGGGUCAACUGAUGAGGGAAUGGGAUGGAAGUCGCCCGCGUAGUCGAAGUUCAAUAUUGACCACUUAUCGAACAGCAAAGAGCAUGGUGCGAUGUGAUCAUGUCCGCCAGGUUGUAAUCCCCGCUGCUUGAGAUAUCGAUUAGAUCGCGUAAUAGCCGCAUUGAAGCUUGUGACUAGUGC